AUGCAGGCGGGGAAAUGCCCCAGAGAGACCGGAGCCCACCGGAAGAGAGGCGAGUGCGCCCUGCCCGCGCCGUUGUCCACGAAGGUCUCGUCGGACCGCUCUGCCGCGACGCCGAGGUCUUCCGGCGAAGCCGCGUCGCGCGCAGCCCCGUUGCCGCUGCGGGCGCGGCGGAGGCCCCUGGCGACGGCAAACGCAGGGAGCUCAGCGUUGCCCGGGGAGAAGGCGGUGCGGUUGCCGCAAACCCCGCCGUGGUUGCCGCGGAGGAACGCCGCCCACCAGCGCACGACGCGGCUCGCAACAGCCGGUCACCGCGCCCGACUGCGACGGCGGCGUUGGUCCACCCCGCAAAAACGGCGGACGCCGCGCAGUCAUUCAGAGGGGCACGGUGCAUGGCCGCCCAGUGGGGCGACGCUUCUCCGUGGGGAGAGGAUCCGCGCUGAAAAUCAGACCGCCGCGGGGCCUGCCGGGGCUCCGCGGCAGCACGGGCGCGAGCGGCAAGAACGCUCUCCCCCGUCAGAUCGCGACGGCGCCCGGCCCGCGCGACCGGCCGGCAGGUCACUCGCUCGGAAGCCUUCCUCUACUUCAAGAGGGGCAUGGCAACGCAGCGCCGCCGGUUCCUUGGGGCUUUCCCCGCGCAAAGGCUUCUGCCGCAUCGGCGGCGGCGGGCGCCGAUCUGGGGUGCUUCCUCGCCUUCGCGGCGCGCAACUUUACGAGAUGGUUUCCUUUCGAGCGCGUCGCGCGCGCGGUGUCAUCAGCUUUCGCGGCCGAAACUCCGAAAGGGCGAGAAGCAUACGCACGCGGCGUGCUGCAAGCCGUCUAUUGUCGUCUGCGGCGUCGAGUUUGGAGAAGACUGUGGGUGCCAGCGGCUUUUGGCGGCGGCGCGCAUGGGGAUCUCCAUGUCGAAGUUUGAGCCGCUGCCAAAUUCUGCCGCUUGGGAAUGCAAAAUGGCUGCAGCGGGCGCCUUCGUAA